CUUCGCGGCUUCUCCGGCGGCAUUAAUACACAGAAACUCCUCAGGGCAGCGACUCUACUGAAUCUUGACGGAUUAUUUGGAGAUUGAUUGCGCUUUAUCAUCUCUUUCCGACUCUCAGUACCCCGCACACGAAAUCAUAAUGGCUGACGAGGGCGCUUCCCCGCGUGAGCUGGUUGUGGAGGCCUGUCGGCGCGACCAGCCUCACCUGAUAGAACAGGUGCUUGAAGGCAUGACGGACAAGUCGAACGAAGAGGUGGCCGAGUUCUUCAACGGGGUGACGGAUUCCAUGGGCAACCAUGCCCUACACAUCUGCGCCUCAUACGGAAGCUAUGACACCAUGGACACCCUCUUCGACAUUCAGUACUUCGAAUGUGACCCCCUGACCCGCCUCGACAAAGAUACCCCGCUGCACGUCGCAGUCCGCUAUGCCAACGAGAAGGAUGCCGAGUUAGGGCUGGAGAUGGUCCGGAUGAUGUGCGACGCCGGUUGCGACCCGCGGGUCCGGAAUAAGCACAGCCAGAAGCCCACGGAGCUCGUCUACAACAACCCAGAGAUCAAGUCGGUCCUGCAGCAAGCCGAGUACGUGAUGGCCGAGGGACUCCGGGAGGACGCGGAUAGUGGCUCCGUGCACGACAGUGCCAGCGACAGCGAGUAAAUAUGUAAUAGCGAAACACACCACCCCUGUAUAGCGAUUUGUCUUAAUUCCUAUAGAUGUAUGCAAGCGAUGUUCACCUUUUGAGUUUGGGAGUGUUUAUCUAUGUUUCCGGAAUUGCAUAAAUUGUGUAACUACGUGGCUGAAUGCAGGGUCGACCCUGUGUGACGUGCAGACAGGGAUACCGCUGCAGUUUCGGGGUUUGCAUGGAGUGUAGAACUGCAAGUAAGACCGCAUCUUGCAGAAACUUAAUCCCGC